CCCUUCAUUUGUUUAUUAUUGGCCACUUCACUUGACAUCCUCUCUUUCUUCAUCUUCUUCACAUAUCUCACAACCAAACUUUACAGAACUAUGCGUCAACCUAUUACUCUCCUUCUUCCCUUAUUUAUUACCUUCUUCAUAUUCUGCUCCCUCCGCGGCGUCGUUUCGGACCCCCAGACCUAUCUUCUCAGACGUGACUGCUACCAAUAUGACAGAUAUGAAUAUGAUGCUAAUAAAUCCUUCAAUAACAGCGUAAGCGCAGCUCUUCGUGACCUCAGAAAUCAGGUGGCGAACCUGGGAAUGUCCUUGGCCACCUCAGAGCAGUGGGAGCCUUCCGACACAAGCCUCCCCUUUUAUGCUCUCUUUUUAUGCAGAAACUACCUCUCCGUCGCCGACUGCGUCGCCUGCUUCACCGAUGCUGCCGCUGAAAUCCUCAACUGCUCCGCCGGGACUAGCUUUGCCCGUAUCAUCUACGACGGCUGCUUCCUCAGAUGGUCGAUCCAACAGAGGAUUGGGAGAGCAGAGACCUGCUGGAGACGAUCCGGUCUCAUAUCUUGCCAAAGGGACGAGCCAAAGGGUAUUGGAAAUCCUGCAUUGUGUGGGGAACAGACUCUAGAAGAAGCCACAGGAUUUACUUCAGCUGCUCAACAACUCUUAAUGAAUGUUCAAACAACAACACCCAACGGCACUGGUUUCCAGGCAGCUGCAAAGACUCAAGUGCCUAAUAAUGGACCAACCAUCUAUGCCUAUGCUCAAUGUAUACAAAGUCUCUCACAGAGUGAGUGCGAGAUUUGCUUGAUGCAAGGUUACAACACUAUGCAGACUUGUCUUCCCGGUUCAAAUGGUAGGGCUUAUGUAGAUGGCUGUUUCAUGAGAUACUCCACCACUCGCUUCUUUCCUGAUGACCAGCCUAUUAUUAUCACUCCUUUAGCCAUACGAGGUUCAAGCAAGAAGGGGACAAUUAUUGGUGCCAUUGUUGGAGGGGCAGCUUUUGUGCUUAUCCUCCUUGCACUAUUGGCUUAUAUUAGACGAUCAAAAAGGCGUGAGAGAGUUUCUAACGCUAAUGGAGAUAUCAUUGGAGAGAGCAGCUAUUUGAUAGGCCGCCCAGUUAAUUACAGCUAUGGGGAUUUGAGGUUUGCAACAAAAAACUUCAGUGUAGAAAAUAAACUUGGAGAAGGAGGAUUUGGUGUUGUAUAUAAGGGCACUUUAAAAAAUGGAAAAGUUGUUGCUGUCAAGAAAUUAACUUUAUGCUACUCCAAGAGAGUGGAGGAAGAAUUUGAGAGUGAAGUGAAGCUUAUAAGUAAUGUUCAUCAUCGUAAUCUUGUUCAACUUCUUGGAUGUUGCAGUAAAGGCAGUGAGAGAAUACUUGUCUAUGAAUACAUGAAAAACACCAGUUUGGAUAGAUUCUUAUUUGGCCAAAUGAAAGGUUCUCUUGACUGGAAGCAGCGGUAUAAUAUAAUUUUAGGAACAGCAAGAGGUUUGUCAUAUCUCCAUGAAGAAUUUCAUGUUCGUAUUAUACACAGAGAUAUAAAGACUAACAACAUCCUCUUAGAUGAAGAUCUACAACCUAAGGUUUCUGAUUUUGGCUUGGCAAGACUUUUACCCAACGAAAAAUCUCAUCUCAGCACAAAAGUUGUAGGAACAUUUGGAUAUGCAGCCCCAGAAUAUGUGAUUCAUGGUCAAUUAUCAGAGAAAGCUGAUAUCUAUAGCUUUGGUGUUGUAGUUUUAGAAAUCAUAAGUGGUAAAAGAAAUAAUGAACUAAAGAUUGACAGUGAUGCUGAAGGUGAAUUCCUCCUACUGAAGGCUUGGAGACUAUAUGAAAGAGGCACACACUUAGAGUUGAUCGAUGAGACCUUGGACCCAAAUGAUUGAUGCAGAGAAGUGAAAAAAGUUAUAGAAAUCGGUUUGUCUUGUACACAAGCAUCUGCUGAAUUAAGGCCAACAAUGUCUGAGGUAGUUCUUUUGCUCCGCAACAAGGGAUCAUCAGACAACAUAAAACCCACAAUGCCUAUCUUUAUUGAAGCUAAUUAGGUAAGACUAAGUACAGUAGAAGGAGAAAAAAGGAAAAUGAAUUGGGUGGUGGUGAUUAUUGUGGGUGUACCAUUUUGAAUAUACUUUAUUCAACGCCCUUGAACUUUGGUUAGAUUAUAAAUAUCCUAUUUGCCUUU